UUCCGGUGCGGCACUUCUGCCGGUGUGCCGGUGCAGGCGGCGGGCGCCAUGGGGAGCCGCGGGCAGGUUUUGAAGCUUUUUAAGUCAUUACACAGAACACGGCAAGAAGUUUUUAAAAAUGAUACCAAAGCCCUUGAAGCUGCAAGACAAAAGAUAAAUGAAGAAUUCAGAAAUAACCGAGACGAGACAUCAGAAGAGAAGAUUAAUGAGCUUCUGAAAAUAGCUUCAGAUGUUGAAGUGAUUCUCAGAACUUCUGUUAUUCAGGCAGUUCACACAGCUUCUGACAAAAUAGUACUUAUACCCAGGAAAGAUCUGCUGCAGGACAACACUCCUUACUUAGAUAAACCAACAAAAAAGCAAGAAUCCUGAGGAAGUAUUGUUACCAGGAAAAGAGAGACUGAAAUCAACACACUGAUUUUAUUGAGUGCCGGGAUAUCAUCAUACACUUGUUCUGUGGAAGAUUGUAAUAUUUUCACAGAACUUAAAAGUACACUGCUGAAUUGUGUUACUUCAGCCAGGAAUGUUUUUGAUUAUGACAGCCUAUCAGACAGAGAUUUUUUUUCCCAGCAAUCCAGAGUUUUUAAAAGCUAUAUAAAAAUUAAAUACAGUACUUACUACUGAUAAUAUUUAUUUUUAAGUUUAUUAUCAAUCCUAAGCUUCUUUGAAGUAAUGAAAAAUCAUCUUGUGGCAUUUAAUGUUAAAUUUAUGCUUUGCACCAAAAGCAUGACUUCUGAAGUUGUCACUAGUUGUACACUGACAUACUGUGAUGCUUGAGAGAGUUUUAAAAUGUUUAUUUGAAUAAAUUAUUCAUGCUUUA